CCUUCUUACAUAAGACUUAGCAUUCGCAUCAAACAAAGCUCAUCCAAAUCUUACGUCCAUCCUAUCUUAUCUUACCAUCCAUUAUUAAAAAAAGAAAAAGAAACCAUGAAUCCAGAACAAGAGGCGGAAGCGCUUGAGAACUACAAAGCGUAUAGCAUCACCCGCAACGCACGUAUUGCUGUCGAAGCUCAAACUGGCGAUCAGCAUACCCUCGACCAAACUGUGCUAUCACAUAUCCCCGUUCUAACUUUUCGUUAUACCUCGACGGAUACGCCUUUGACGGUCAUCGAGGCCGAGCUUCAUACGUUGUGGUAUACUGUUAUCUUGGCCGCCAAAUAUUGGCAAGCAGGUAACCCGAAGCACGAUACCCUAUUACGGGCUAUUCUCAAUGCAAAGUCAAAGGGGCUACUCUCUCGAUCCGGGGUUGGCAGUGCCGAUGCCCAAGAGACUCGGCGUUUUUCCGAUGGUGGACAGCUCUGGUCAGAUCUACCUCUAUUUGGCCACGAUCUGGUUAAUGAGUGGAGAGAGCGUUACUAUGGGACAGACUAUGCCAGUGACACGGACCAGCGCGCCAGUCUUGCCCAUUUGUCGGACGUCUCGUGUCAGUAGGCAUAUUCGAUGCGACUGCGGCGUGCGUUCUGUCGCUAUUCCGAGAAACGCUGGAGACGCCUCGGCCGUUGGAGUCUUCAUCGGAAUUAGCAGUUGGCUCUCUAAUUCGCGCCCUCUUUCAUCUGCUCCUAUAUGCAGGGGGGAAUGUUGGUGCACUCAAUGAAGCCAAUAUUGAUACAGCGAAUAGUAAUAUUCCUCUGGAGAUAUCCCGCUUGGGGGAGCUGGCCAUCCAAUCUGGUACUGUCACAUCCUCUGGAUAUAGUGCUAAGAGGUGGCAAUUUUGGAUACAGAGAAUCGAAGAGCUAAUGCGAUGCAAUAUUGAGGACGUUGCCGAUAACGCAAAACGAUGCAUCAAUCUCUUGAAGGGGUUAUCAGCGUCUGUUCCUUAAGAGCCGCCUAGCCAAGCAUCCAAUGCAAUGGAGUAGCUAUUACGUUGUGCGGAAGUUAUGAUAAGAAAUUAAAUGUACUGAAAGCAAAGUAUCUUUGCUAGUUUAAUUUGCAUUUGUUUAGAGGUUCAAAAAUGCUUCAAUAGAUGCUUGCACGGUGUAUCUUUAGUCUACGGGAUGGAUAGUAGGCGUACCUUGAUUAUUAACAUGCUGCGAGAGAGAUGGAGUCAAAAGGGUUCACCCUAGAGAUACGCUAGACCAACUUUCCCAUAAAAAGGGUAAAGACAUAGUAGAAUAGGAAGUGUAUUUGUUGAGCCAAGUCGCGCUAGUGUACUUGAAGCUGAGCAGUGGCUGCAUUCCGUAGAGGCGGAGAGGUGGCCGGGCAUUUCGCCGCCGGAGAUGCUGGGUGCUGUGGAUCUGACCCAAGGGACAGGUUCGUGGAUGAUGGCAAGGGGGCGUGUGAGAUCGCGUUGGUAAGAUCUUAAAACAGUGGGUGAGCACAAGUAACACGCUAGUAUAGCGCCAUUUCCGUCUUACUCUGGACCCCGAC